CUUGCUUUGAAAAAGCCAUUUUGUGUAACUCUUGACUGAAUAAUUUCCUAAUACACCUGUUGCGUGGAUCACUGACACAGUAUGCUAUUUGAGAGGUACUUUUUCUUGACCAAAUACUGGUGAUUAGAGAAGAGAGGUAUAUAUAUAUUUUCCUGAUCAUUAUGAACAUUGGCUUUUCACCCUGAAAUAAAAAUGUUGAAAACCGAGUCUUCAGGCGAACGAACCACUCUCAGAAGUGCCUCUCCUCACAGGAAUGCAUAUAGAACUGAGUUCCAGGCACUGAAAAGUACCUUUGACAAACCCAAGUCAGAUGGGGAACAAAAAACAAAAGAAGGUGAGGGCUCCCAGCAGAGCAGGGGGAGGAAAUAUGGCUCCAAUGUCAACAGAAUUAAAAACCUAUUUAUGCAGAUGGGUAUGGAACCCAAUGAGAAUGCUGCAGUCGUUGCCAAAACAAGGGGCAAAGGUGGACCUUCAUCCCCUCAGAGAAGAAUGAGGCCCAAAGAAUUUCUGGAGAAAACAGAUGGCUCAGUUGUUAAGUUGGAGUCCUCUGUUUCAGAGCGAAUUAGUAGAUUUGACACAAUGCACGAUGGCCCUUCGUAUUCUAAGUUCACAGAAACUCGCAAGUUGUUUGAGAGAAGUGUGCUUGAAUCGGGGCAAAACAACCGUUAUUCCCCAAAGAAAGAGAAAGCUGGAGGGAGUGAACCUCAGGAUGAAUGGGGUGGUUCGAAGUCCAACAGAGGCAGUACUGAUUCCUUGGACAGCCUUAGCUCCCGGACCGAGGCUGUCUCCCCAACUGUGAGUCAACUGAGUGCAGUAUUUGAGAACACGGAUUCCCCCAGUUCCAUCAUUUCUGAGAAGGCUGAAAAUGAAUACUCGGUGACGGGACAUUAUCCCCUGAAUUUGCCAGCUGUGACAGUUACAAAUCUUGACACCUUUAGUCGUCUUAAGGAUUCUGAUUCUUGCACUCCUCCAAGCAAACACGGUGAUGAUGCAGAGGAUGCUCAGAAGAGCAACACAUCCCCUGUACCACAAGUGGCUUCGAAAAGUACCUCUCUAGCUUUGAUACCCAGUGAAGAGGCAGAGCAGAGCAAGGAAGCCGAGGGCUCCACAUCUAACCAAGAGACUCCCGACAGAGUUGACAGAGACGUUCCCGGAGAACCUUGUGCUGAGAAGAAGGCAAUGCCAGAGUCUGACAUCCUCUCCCCCCAGAGUGAGCCUUUAGGAGGUGCCAAAGCGAAUUUGGUUGGGAAUGAGGCAGCAAUGCCACAGAAGAAAGAGCUUGCAGGUGGUGAUUUUAUCUCUGCUGAUGCUUCUGGAUCCGGCUGUGGGAAGGAAGUACCUGAGGAUUCAAGUAAUAUUGAGAGUCCCCAUGUUUACAUGCACAGUGACUAUAACGUAUAUAGGGUAAGAUCCAGGUAUAAUUCCGACUGGCGAGAGACAGGCACUGAACAGGAUGAGCAGGAGGAUAGUGAUGAAAACAAUUACUAUCAACCUGACAUGGAAUACUCGGAAAUCGUUGGACUGCCAGAAGAAGAAGAAAUCCCCACAAAUAGGAAAAUUAAGUUUAGUAGUGCUCCGAUUAAGGUUUUCAGCACAUACUCCAAUGAAGACUAUGACAGGAGAAAUGAUGAAGUUGACCCUGUGGCUGCUUCAGCUGAGUACGAACUUGAAAAGCGUGUAGAAAAGUUGGAACUUUUCCCAGUGGAACUGGAGAAAGAUGAAGAUGGACUUGGCAUAAGUAUUAUUGGAAUGGGUGUUGGAGCAGAUGCUGGACUUGAAAAGCUGGGAAUAUUUGUCAAGACAGUAACAGAAGGCGGUGCUGCUCAGCGGGAUGGCAGAAUACAAGUCAAUGACCAGAUUGUAGAAGUGGAUGGAAUCAGCUUGGUGGGAGUCACACAGAAUUUUGCUGCAACAGUUCUCAGAAACACCAAGGGCAAUGUCAGAUUUGUUAUUGGGCGAGAAAAACCAGGACAAGUGAGUGAGGUUGCGCAGUUGAUAAGCCAGACGCUGGAACAAGAAAGGCGCCAGAGAGAGAUGCUUGAGCAGCACUACGCCCAGUAUGAUGCCGACGACGAUGAGACAGGAGAAUAUGCCACCGAUGAAGAGGAGGAUGAGGAAGGACCCACCAUUCCCGGCAGUGACAUGGCCAUUGAAGUCUUCGAGCUGCCCGAGAAUGAAGACAUGUUUUCCCCGUCAGACCUGGACACAACCAAGCUCAGUCACAAAUUCAAAGAGUUGCAAAUCAAACAUGCAGUUACAGAAGCAGAGAUUCAAAAAUUGAAGACCAAGCUGCAGGCAGCAGAAAAUGAGAAAGUGAGGUGGGAACUAGAAAAAACUCAACUCCAACAGAAUAUAGAAGAGAAUAAAGAAAGAAUGUUGAAGUUGGAGAGCUACUGGAUCGAGGCUCAAACACUAUGCCACACAGUAAACGAACACCUCAAAGAGACUCAAAGCCAGUAUCAGGCCUUGGAAAAGAAAUACAACAAGGCAAAGAAAUUGAUCAAGGAUUUUCAACAAAAAGAACUUGAUUUCAUCAAGAGACAGGAAGCAGAAAGAAAGAAAAUAGAAGAUUUGGAAAAGGCUCAUGUUGUGGAAGUUCAAGGCCUGCAAGUGCGGAUUAGAGAUCUGGAGGUUGAGGUGUUCAGGCUGCUGAAGCAAAAUGGGACUCAAGUGAACAACAACAACAACAUCUUUGAGAGGAGAACGUCUCUUGGAGAAGUCUCUAAGGGGGACAGCAUGGAGAACGUGGACGUGCAGCAGAUGUCUUGUCCAGACAGCCUGAGUCAAGAUUUGAAUGAAGCAGUCCCAGAGACAGAGCGCCUGGAUUCAAAAGCCCUGAAAACCCGAGCCCAGCUGUCCGUGAAGAACCGACGCCAGAGGCCCUCUAGGACAAGGCUCUAUGAUAGUGUCAGUUCAACAGACGGGGAGGACAGUCUAGAGCGAAAGCCUUCAAACAGUUUCUGUAACCACAUGCAUAUUACCAAAUCACUUCUGCCCAAGGGUUUGCGAACUUCUUCUCCAGAAUCAGAUUCUGGUGCUCCAUCCCUCACUUCCGAGGCUGUCAGUGUGCCCUUCUCCAAGUCUGACCAGAUAACUGAAUCUCAAGGACCCCUGCACCCAGAAAGGGAGCCUUCCUCCUCUACUUGGGGAGACACUUCGCUCUCCUCUCCUUCAAAAUCUGAUCAUGAAAUGGAAGAAUCUCCUUGCCAUCAUCAAGCCACCAGCAAGAAAAUAUCUCAAGAAAAAGACGGUGCCAACGGUCCCAAAUCACUAAGGGCGUCCAGUUCAUUGGUGGUGCAAGGAGGGAAAAUUAAGCGGAAGUUUGUGGAUCUGGGGGCACCGUUGCGAAGGAACUCCAACAAGGGAAAGAAAUGGAAAGAAAAAGAAAAAGAAGCCAGUAGGUUUUCUCCGAGUAGCAGGAUCUUCAGAGGCAGGCUGGACCAUUGGAAAGCGAAGCCCUCUGCCGCAGCGCCGGCCUCCCCUCGUUCACCUUGCAUGCCUUUCUCCUGGUUUCACGAAAGCCGGAAAGGAUCCUAUUCCUUCAGAAACCUGCCUUCACCUCCAAGUCCCCUCCAGCCUUCUCCUGAAACUCUAAUUUCAGAUAAAAAGGGGUCCAAGGUAGAAAACACUUGGAUUAAAAAAGCAAACAAGAAAACCCCAAAUUCUUCCUCCUCUUCAAUCUUUGGGAAGCAUUCUCAACUUGUGUGUAUGCUCUGGAUCCAAGAAACCAAUAAUUUUACCUUCAACGAUGACUUCAGUCCCAGUAGUACCAGCUCGGCAGACCUGAGCGGCCUAGGAGCGGAGCCCAGAACCCCGGGGCUCUCUCAGUCCCUAGCGCUGUCGUCAGAUGAGAGCCUGGAUAUGAUAGAUGACGAGAUCCUUGAUGACGGACAGUCUCCCAAGCACAGUCAGUGUCAGAAUCGGGCCGUUCAGGAGUGGAGUGUGCAGCAGGUUUCUCACUGGCUCAUGAGCCUAAAUCUGGAGCAGUAUGUAUCUGAAUUCAGUGCCCAAAACAUCACUGGAGAGCAACUCCUGCAGUUGGAUGGAAAUAAACUGAAGGCUCUUGGAAUAGCAUCAUCGCAGGACCGAGCAGUGGUCAAAAAAAAGCUCAAGGAAAUGAAGGUGUCUCUAGAGAAGGCUCGGAAGGCUCAAGAGAAAAUGGAAAAGCAGAGAGAAAAGCUGAGGAGGAAGGAACAAGAGCAGAUGCAGAGGAAAUCUAGAAAGACAGAAAAGAUGGCAAUAGAGGGUGCUGGGGAGCAGUAACACAUCCUCUUCCAGGCGGGUUGCUCCAAGAGAGGGCCCACUCUUCCUGCCCCGCUCUCCUCCGGGGGAAUGAAGAAGAAACUGAGGACGGGGGUAAAGUGCUGUAGGCAGAUUGGGGAACCUGGUGUUGAAUACCUGCAUUUUCUGUGAUAAUAGAAUUCCUUUCAUUUCAACCUACUCAAAUAAUCCCAAGCCACCUUUAGUUUAUUAACAAACCAAGGAGCUCAUUUGUGCGAGAUGCAAAGCAGCUAUGUUUCCCGCUUCUCUGACUUACCAACAGCUUGUGUUGUGCUGGGUGGGUGUGUGUGUCGCUUGGAAAACCAGCAUGACAGUGCCCAACGAGAGCAUGACCCACCCUGGUGUUGUUAAAUGGAGUGCCCUGGAUUUCCAGCAUGGGGUCCAGACCCUGGGUGUUGGUGUAUGUCUACAUGGCUUGAGAGCGCCCUCCUGCCAUGAGAUCUGGGCU